CACUUCUUCCCUUCUUCCUCUAGACUAGACUAUUACUUCGUUACUUAUUAAAUAAUUAGGGAUUCCCUGCAUAUUUGUACUAUACAUCAAGCCUCUGGCUUUUUUUUUCUUCUUCCCCCCCCCCAAUGUCCUCUCCACCAAGGGGUUCAACACCCACGACGAUGAGCUCGAUCGUUCGCUCCUCGCUGCCUCCUCCGACCAUAUCUCUACUGAUAUACCCAUGUACCCUGAUUCUGGGAUCUAUAUUCUCCGUGAUUUCGCCGACAGCAGCGGGCUUCCAUGCGUUCGAGACCGACAUGAAUCCCUCGGCCGCCCCCCCACCGCCGCCAAACUACUUCGCCCGGAAAAACAAUGUGUUCAAUGUCUAUUUCGUCAAGGUGGGAUGGUUAUGGACGACACUAGCGUUUGUCUCGCUGCUGCUCGUGCAGUACGUGUUGGUCAAACCGGUGGCCCAGCGUUCGAGGCGCGUCGGCCAGGCGAUCGCGCGCUACUCCCUCGCCACGCUGGUCUGGUACCUUACCACGCAAUGGUUUUUUGGGCCUGCGAUCAUCGAUCGAGGGUUCGUGAUUACAGGCGGGAAAUGCAACGUGUCUGUUGCUCGGCAACAAUACCAACAUGAUCAUGAAGGAGGGCAUGGACCGAUCAGGGAGCUCGAGCACCUCUUUACGGCGGCGGCGUGCAAGGCGGCCGGGGGAUCGUGGAGCGGCGGCCAUGAUGUGAGCGGGCAUGUGUUUAUGCUGGUCCUCGCGACGGCGAUGUUGUCGUUUGAGAUGUGGGGGGUCUAUGCUUCGGAAGAGAAGGAGAAGGCAACGGACGGCAGUGCGAAGGGCGGCAAUGGCAGCAGCAGCGCUCUACGCGUCUGGCCUGCGCGGUUCGUAUGGGGUGUUGUCGGGCUGAGCUGGUGGAUGCUUUUCAUGACGGCCAUUUGGUUCCAUACCUGGCUGGAGAAGUGGUCUGGCUUGUCGAUUGCCCUGGGAACUGUCUAUGUGAUAUAUAUCCUCCCCCGGACCGCUUCGGCGUGGAGAGAGAUCAUCGGAAUUCCUGGUUUUUAAUGUACAUAUGACAAUAGAUCUUCUAAUGACCCGGUUCUGGUCCCAGAUACCCCGAUCGAAA